AAGGACUUAGACCUCAUCUUCUGCGCCGACCUCAAAGGGGAAGCCGAGUUUCAGACUGUGAAGGACGUGGUCUUGGACUGCCUCUUGGAUUUCUUACCCGAGGGAGUGAACAAGGAGAAGAUCACGCCGCUCACCCUCAAGGAGGCUUAUGUGCAGAAAAUGGUGAAAGUAUGCAAUGAUUCAGACCGAUGGAGCCUCAUCUCCCUGUCCAACAACAGUGGCAAAAAUGUGGAGCUGAAAUUUGUGGACUCUCUGAGGCGGCAGUUUGAAUUCAGUGUCGAUUCCUUUCAAAUCAAGCUGGACUCCCUGCUGCUUUUUUAUGAGUGCUCAGAGAAUCCAAUGACUGAAACUUUUCACCCGACUAUCAUUGGUGAGAGCGUCUAUGGUGAUUUCCAGGAAGCCUUUGAUCACCUCUGCAACAAGAUAAUUGCCACCAGAAACCCAGAAGAAAUCAGAGGAGGUGGUCUUCUGAAGUACUGCAACCUUUUGGUAAGGGGCUUUAGGGCUGCCUCUGAAGCCGAGAUUAAGUCCCUGCAGAGGUACAUGUGUUCCAGGUUUUUCAUUGACUUCUCAGACAUUGGAGAACAGCAGAGAAAGCUGGAGUCCUACUUGCAGAACCACUUUGUGGGAUUAGAGGACCGCAAGUAUGACUAUCUCAUGACCCUUCACGGUGUGGUGAAUGAGAGCACAGUGUGCCUGAUGGGACAUGAGAGGAGACAGACUCUGAAUCUGAUCACCAUGCUGGCCAUCCGGGUCCUAGCCGAACAAAAUAUCAUCCCCAAUGUGGCCAAUGUCACCUGCUAUUACCAGCCAGCCCCAUACGUAGCAGAUGCCAACUUCAGCAAUUACUAUAUUGCCCAGGUUCAGACGGUGUUCCCUUGCCAGCAGCACACGUACUCCACUUGGCUGCCCUGUAACUAAGGACCAAAAUUAGUAGACCCAGUGGGGAGAACUCUAUCCAAGACGUAGGAAGGGGCGACGCGUCCCUUUGAAAUGGGGUGUUUUGUGCAAUGACGAUCUGCUCUGGUUUUAAAGCUUGGGAAAAGCUUGUGGUUUUUCUAAUAAAUAAUGGGAGCAUGAUCAAGAAAGAGCCCCAAAAUAAUUGGAUCCUACCCCAGAGCACAAGAGGCCUGUCAUUAGGAGCAACCAGCUUCCCCUGAAAUAAGUGAGGGAGGAAUGCUUGAUGACAAUAUGGGUUGGCAAUAUCCGCUCCCAUAGCUUUGGCAUAGAGAAGGUGGGAAAGCCUUAUUUUCUUUUACUUUUGUUCUUACUCUAGAAUGGGAUCUGCAAAAGGGAGAAUAUGAAAGAAAACAAAACA